GAGACGCCAAGGGAACGAAGACCUACCUUGGAGGAGUUGAUGAGGCGGACCCGGCCCUUGGUGGAGGCCGCCAUUGAUGAUUUGCUCUUCUGCAGUGUUGGUCCAGAUGGCCUCCGAUCUGAAACCAUCGAGGACCACCGGAAGGGCGACGAUCCGAGAAAUUUCCUGAGAUUGCUGGGAAAGGCGAUGUGGUCGCAUACCUUCGCGCUGCUUGCGAUAUGUGCAAUGCUCCAGUUUGCCAGCUACCGCUCUGUCCUCGCCUUCGGGACCGUUUUCGCUGUGGUGAUCUCUCAGAUUUUCUUUCCGCACGCACCGCCCACUCUUUGGAGGUGCUUGCAGAUCUACAACAUUUUCACAAUCACUGUGAAGAUGAUCUACCAAAUCCCAGUCUUUUGCAUGGAUGGAACCAUUGACUUUCGCGGAUGUCCUGACGAAGAGGAUUCUCUGGAAGUUCCUUGGACAGCCGUCUUCGGGCUCCUAAAGGCGUGCCUGAGCAGCCACUGUUUUCUCUCAAGUCUGACCAGGGCUGCAGGGAUUGAGAUGGGGAAUGAGUCCUAG